AUGGGCAUGGGCUCGCGCUUCUCCAACCAGCGCUUCGUCUUCAGCCUGGCCGCCCUCGACGUCCUCGGUGCCAAGUUCGUCCACAUCAAGAGCCACCUCUCCGCCCUGCCGACGGUCCAUCUCGUGAACUGGGGCUACUCCUUCUUCGCGCAGGACUUUGUCCUGCUCAUCAUCCUGCGGCUGCUGCUCGGAGGAUGGCUGUCCUCGAACCGCAACAACGACGGCGGGCUUCUUCGCCGCGCUGCCGCCUUCGCCAGCUGGCUCUUCAUCGGGUUCGUCAUCGGGCUCAACCUCGUCGGCAUCUGCUUCUUCGCCAUGUCCGGCUCCGAGAUCCACUGGUCCAACAUCGGGCUCGCGGGCGACGCCGCCGGCCGCGCGCUGCUGCUCACGGGGCUCUUCACCUUCGCCCUCGUCUGCGCUGUGCUCGCCGUGCUCGCCUGGGCCCUGAAGGACGUGCUGUUCGUCGCCGUGGGCCUGGCCGCGGAUAUCGUGUGCUGGCCCGUCGCGUGCAUCGCCCGCCGCCGCCGGCCCCACUGGGCGACAUACUCGGAGGUCCCGCAGCAGGAUGUCGAGCACGGCGGCAGCACGAAGGAAACGACAGACUACGCAUCCCCGCGGCGCAGCUUCGACCUCUCGCACGGGUGGGACGGCGUCAAGACGUGGCCGUGGGCGUGGAUGUUCUGGAUCGCGGCGUACACGCUCGCGGGCGUGGCGCUGCUGGCGCAGGUCAUCAUGUGCGCGCUGCGGCCGCACGAGAGCUCGCUGACGUUCAUGUCGUGGACGCCGACGCUGCUGCCCUUCAUCGACUUCAAGAACUCGUCGCCGAACCUGGAGAAGCUGGUCCCGCACUACAACUCGGGCAUCAACCGCGACUGGGACAACCGGACGGCGCUGGCCGACGCGGUGCCCUUUGCCUGGCUGCCCAAGGAUGUGGCACCCGAGGGCUUCGAGGACUGGUACGGCGGCAAGAAGCACUACAAUGCGACGAUGGACCCGCUGAGGAUUUCUAACCUGGACGACAAGUUGUUGCCUGAGCUGAAGAAGAAGCUCAAGGACGUGCCGAUCCGGCAUGUGAUGACGAUUGUGCUGGAGAGCACGAGGAAGGACAUGUUCCCGUUCAAGCGGUUCGGUAUUAGUGAAGGGCGGUUGCGUGAUACGUGGGUGCACGCGGGAUACGACGGGAUCCCGCCGGAUGCGCUUGAGCGGCUGAGGACCUUGACCCCGGUAGCCAAGUUCCUCACCGGAGACCACGAGGAUGGAUUUGAGACGGAGGAGAAGAAGAAGAACAAGAAGGAAAAGAGCCGUGGCGGACUCAACUUUAACGACGCCUACACGACAUCGACGUACACCCUGAAGAGUCUCGCGGGCAGCCUCUGUGGCAUUGCGCCCCUGAUUGCCGACUUCAACCUGGAGUACCUCCACCACUUUUACCAGCCGUGUCUCCCGCACAUCUUCGGAGCCCUCAACACCCUCGAGAAGGACAGCAGCGGAGACAAGAAGAAGCCCUUCGGGUCGUACAAGUGGAAGUCGUCUUUCAUGCAGUCCGUGACACUCGACUACGACAACUUCGGCGCCCUCAUGAAGAAGAUGGGCUUCCCGCAAGAAGGGCUCAUCGACAGCGUGUACCUCCGCAGCGACGACGCAAAGUUCGGGAAAGUCGACUUGCCCAACGUCAACUACUUCGGCAUGGAGGAGACGCCGCUCGAGGACUACAUCCGCGACCAGUUCGAGAGCGCCAAGAAGGCCGACGAGCGCGUGUUCCUCACACACGUCACCAGCACCAGCCACCACCCGUACAACAUGCCCAAGAACGAGACCUACGUCCCGCUCGCGCGCGGGCUCGACGACCUCUCGCACUACAUCAACGCCAUCGGCUACGACGACCGCUGGCUCGGCAAGAUCCUCAACAUGCUCGACGAGAUGGGCGUCGCGGACGAGACGCUGGUCAUUCUGGUGGGCGACCACGGGCUGUCGAUCCCCGAGAACGAUAUUCUGGCGUCGUACUACAACCCCAACGUCGGCAGUAACCACGUCCCGCUCGUCUUCUCGCACCCGAAGCUGCCGCCCAUCACGAUCAACGACGCCGUCUCGGCGCAGCAGAUCCUGCCGACGGUGCUGGACCUGCUCAUCGAGACGGGCUCGCUGUCCAAGGACCGCACCGAGGCUGUGACGGAUCUGUUGAGGAACUACGAGGGCCAGUCACUGCUGCGCCCCGUGUGCCAAUCCAAGCAGGCCGAGAACAAGGGCGAGGUCGCAAACUGGCAGUUCACCGUGAUCAACCCGGGGCGGGCGAUGGUCGGCGUCCGCGACGGGCGGCACAAGUACUGGCGGAUGGUGGUGCCGGUGGUGGACAACAUCGAGUGGCACUUCACGGACGUGGCCAAGGACCCGGCGGAGAAGCAGCCGGUGCUCGGGUUCGACUUCACGGGCUUCCUGGCCAAGAUCGAGGAGACGCACGGGGUCGAGGCGGCGCGGUGGGCCGAGGAGGCGGCGUUCGUGGCGCGGUGGUGGGUUGAGGAGAACAGCAAGCGGUGGCGUUUCGGACCUUAUGCGGCAUACUAG